GUACCUCUCUCCCCCCAUCUCCCCCCGUCCCCCAGUAUCACUGCAGAGCUGCGGCCGCUCGCUCAGCGCGGUGACACGCGCGCAUACACACACGCGCGCUCUGACAUGCGCACGCAGGGAGGACAGACGGACAGGUAGCGCGGAUCGACAGCCACAUGCUGGUCGGGACCUGAGCGCGGUACCGGGUUUCUGGAUGGGACUGACGUGUCUGGAUCGUGAUUCUGGGGGAGAUGAAAAGGGGGUUUAACCCUGAAGCUGCCGAAAUGGAAUAUUUCAGUCCUUGUGUUUUCCAAAUGUUGCUCCUGCUCUCAUCCUCCUCCUCCUCCUCCUCUUCCUCCUCCUCCUCCUCCUUCUCCUCCUCCCGUCACAUCCUCUGAUGCGUCUCCUGCGCACUUCCAUCCCUGACACUCUUCCUCCCUCCACGGCUUAGUUUGACACCGGGAGAGGGGACACCGAGCCGGGGGGAGACAGAGGGGGAGACGGACUGAGGUGUGACUGUACGCGCUAUUGCUCUCAUGGUCGCCGCCUAGGGCCCGGAUGUACCGAGGGAUGCACCGGUGCGUUUUCCCAGCCGGUUCCGCCGACAGAUCCUGCUUCUUCUCGCCGUCCUUCAGCGCCAUCAUGGGGAUUAGGUAAUAUUGACUCCCGAAGCCUCUUCAGCAGGAGCGGAUCUUGACACUGUCCUGCCAGAGACAGUCCUUCUUUUGGAUUUCUGUUGUCCCCCUCCCCUCCUUACCCUCCUUCCCCCUCCCCGCACUUCUUUCACCUCUGGAGGUUCCGGCGGACUCGAUUUAUGGUCAAUGAAAGCAGAAACAUGUAUAUACCGGAGGAAACCCUUGAGAACCAUCAAGGCUCCGACUACUCCCCUCCUCCUCUCCCUCGUCCUCCCACCUCCAGACUGACCAAUGAGCACGGAGGCGGUGGUGUGGGGUCCAAUCAUGGCAUGGGUGUGGUGGGUCUGGCCCCAGAGCACGUUCCCACGCCCGGCGCCGCCCUCAGCUGGCAGGCGGCCAUCGACGCGGCACGCCAGGCAAAGAUGAUGGGCAACGCGGCGGCGGGCGGUGCGGGUCUGGGAGCUGGGGGGGGCGGACCCAUCUCCACCGCAAGCUCCACCCAGAGGAAGAGACAGCACUACAGUGCCAAGCCCAAGAAGCAGACCACCACCACAGCCACACGUCCACCCCGGGCUCUGCUAUGCCUCACACUAAAGAACCCCAUCAGGCGGGCCUGCAUCAACAUUGUUGAGUGGAAACCGUUUGAGAUCAUCAUCCUGAUGACCAUUUUUGCCAACUGUGUGGCCUUAGCUGUCUACAUCCCAUUUCCUGAGGACGACUCCAACGCCACCAACUCCAACCUGGAAAGAGUGGAGUACCUUUUCCUCAUCAUCUUUACUGUGGAAGCGUUCCUCAAGGUGAUCGCAUACGGACUUCUCUUCCAUCCCAACGCAUAUCUUAGGAACGGCUGGAACCUUCUGGACUUCAUCAUCGUGGUGGUGGGGUUGUUCAGUGCCAUCUUGGAACAGGCCACCAAAGUGGAUGGGGCCACACCUAUUGGAGGGAAGGCAGCUGGGUUCGAUGUCAAAGCUCUCCGUGCAUUCAGAGUCCUGAGACCUCUGAGACUCGUGUCCGGAGUCCCCAGUCUCCAGGUGGUGCUGAACUCCAUCAUCAAGGCCAUGGUACCCCUGCUCCACAUCGCCCUCCUGGUCCUCUUUGUCAUUAUCAUCUACGCCAUCAUCGGCCUUGAGCUUUUCAUGGGGAAGAUGCACAAGACCUGCGUCCAGGAACACACUGGAACCAUCGCAGAAGAGAAGCCAGCGCCUUGUGCUCCCGAUGGAGCGUACGGACGGCACUGUAAGAAUGAGACGGAGUGUAAGAUGGGCUGGGAGGGACCCAAUGACGGCAUCACCAACUUCGACAACUUUGCCUUUGCCAUGCUGACCGUCUUCCAGUGUAUCACCAUGGAGGGCUGGACCGACGUGCUGUACUGGAUGCAGGAUGCGAUGGGCUAUGAGCUGCCAUGGGUCUAUUUUGUCUCACUCGUCAUCUUCGGCUCCUUUUUUGUCCUCAAUCUUGUUCUGGGGGUGUUGAGCGGAGAGUUCUCUAAGGAGAGGGAAAAGGCCAAAGCUCGCGGCGACUUCCAGAAACUGAGGGAGAAGCAGCAGCUGGAGGAAGAUCUCAAGGGCUACUUGGACUGGAUCACUCAGGCUGAAGAUAUUGACCCAGAGAACGAGGACGACGGUCUGGACGAUGACAAGCCCCGCAACUUGAGCAUGCCAGCCAGCGAGAACGAGUCCGUCAACACAGACAACCCGCCUGGGGGAGACCUGGAAGGGGAGACCUGCUGCACCCGGCUGGCAACUAGAAUCUCCAAGUCCAAGUUCAGUCGAUACUCCCGACGGUGGAACCGUUUGUGUCGCAGGAAGUGUCGAGCAGGAGUGAAGUCCCAGGUAUUCUACUGGCUCGUCAUCUUCCUGGUCUUCCUCAACACCCUGACCAUCGCAUCUGAGCACCACCAGCAGCCCGAUUGGCUGACCGAUGUCCAAGACAUCGCCAACAAGGUUCUACUGGCUCUCUUCACGGGCGAGAUGUUGCUGAAGAUGUACAGUCUGGGUCUGCAGGCCUACUUCGUCUCCCUUUUCAACCGAUUUGACAGCUUUGUGGUGUGUGGAGGAAUCCUGGAGACCAUCUUGGUGGAGACCAAGAUCAUGUCCCCUCUAGGCAUCUCUGUACUGCGAUGUGUACGGCUGCUGCGAAUCUUCAAGAUCACCCGCUACUGGAACUCACUCUCCAACCUGGUGGCAUCGCUGCUGAACUCUGUCCGCUCGAUCGCAUCGUUGCUGCUGCUGCUCUUCCUCUUCAUCAUCAUCUUCUCGCUGCUAGGCAUGCAGCUCUUCGGUGGGAAGUUCAACUUUGACGAAACACGCCGCAGCACCUUUGACAACUUUCCCCAGUCCCUGCUCACCGUCUUCCAGAUCCUGACUGGAGAGGACUGGAACUCUGUGAUGUAUGAUGGCAUCAUGGCCUACGGUGGGCCUUCGUUUCCGGGCAUGCUUGUCUGCAUCUACUUCAUCAUCCUCUUUAUCUGUGGAAACUACAUUCUUCUCAAUGUCUUCUUGGCCAUUGCUGUGGACAACCUGGCAGAUGCUGAGAGUCUCACAUCUGCUCAGAAGGAAGAAGAGGAAGAGAAGGAGAGGAAGAAGCUUGCCAGACUGGCCAGUCCAGAGAAGCGUCAGGAGAAUGAGAAGCCUCCCCUUGAAGAGCAGAGAGAGAAGAUCGAGCUGAAGUCGAUCACCUCUGACGGAGAGACCAUCAUUGCCACCAAGAUCCAUAUGGAGGACUUCUGUGGAGACGAGAAUGAAGAAAAGAAUCCAUACCCUGCCAAUGACUACAUAGGUGACGACGAUGAUGAAGAACCUGAGAUGCCUGUUGGUCCAAGACCUCGUCCCUUGUCCGAUAUUCAGCUGAAGGAGAAAGCGGUUCCCAUGCCAGAAGCACGAGCCUUCUUCAUCUUCAGUCACACCAACAGAUUCAGAGUUUUGUGCCACAAGAUUGUGAACCACAACAUCUUCACCAACCUCAUCCUCUUCUUCAUUCUGCUGAGCAGCAUCAGUCUGGCUGCUGAGGACCCGGUCAAGAACGACUCCUUCAGAAACCAGAUCCUGGGCUACGCAGACCACGUCUUCACCGGACUCUUCACAAUUGAGAUCAUCUUGAAGAUGACUGCUUACGGAGCGUUCCUCCACAAAGGCUCCUUCUGCAGGAACUACUUCAACAUCCUGGACCUUGUGGUUGUCAGCGUGUCCCUUAUCUCCUCGGGGAUUCAACUAGACUUCUCGACGUCCAGUGCCAUUAACGUGGUGAAGAUCCUGCGAGUCCUGCGAGUGCUGCGCCCCCUGAGGGCCAUUAACAGAGCCAAGGGACUGAAGCAUGUGGUUCAGUGUGUGUUUGUGGCCAUCCGGACCAUCGGUAACAUUGUCAUCGUCACAACGCUGCUCCAGUUCAUGUUCGCCUGCAUCGGAGUACAGCUCUUCAAGGGAAAGUUCUUUUACUGCACCGACAGCUCCAAGCAGACACAAGCUGAGUGCAGAGGGUCCUACAUCAUGUACAAGGACGGGGAUGUGGGGAAACCCGAGCGUGCCCACAGAAUCUGGGAGAACAGCGACUUCAACUUCGAUGAUGUCUUGCAGGGGAUGAUGGCACUGUUUGCUGUGUCCACCUUUGAGGGGUGGCCAGGGUUACUGUACCGGGCCAUCGAUUCGCACGCAGAGGAUGUGGGGCCCAUCUACAACUACCGUGUGGUGAUCUCCAUCUUCUUCAUCAUCUAUAUCAUCAUCAUCGCCUUCUUCAUGAUGAACAUCUUCGUCGGCUUCGUCAUUGUCACCUUCCAGGAACAAGGAGAGCAAGAGUACAAGAACUGUGAGCUGGACAAGAAUCAGCGUCAGUGUGUGGAGUACGCUCUGAAAGCGCGCCCUCUGCGCCGCUACAUCCCCAAGAACCCGUACCAGUACAAAGUCUGGUACGUGGUCAACUCCACCUACUUUGAGUAUCUGAUGUUCACGCUGAUCCUGCUCAACACAAUCUGUCUGGCCAUGCAGCAUCACGGUCAGACCAAGAGCUUCAACGAUGCCAUGAACAUUCUCAACAUGCUCUUCACUGGACUCUUCACGGUGGAGAUGAUCCUGAAACUCAUUGCCUUCAAACCUCGGGGUUACUUUAGUGACCCCUGGAAUGUCUUUGAUUUCCUCAUCGUGAUCGGGAGCAUCAUCGACGUCAUCCUGAGUGAGAUCAACCCUGCUGACUCCUCUUCGUCCUCCUCCUCCUCCUCUCACCCCCCUGUGGUAAGACCAAUGGGGCUUCAAAACUCGGAGGAGAACGCUAGGAUCUCCAUCACCUUCUUUCGGCUCUUCCGAGUCAUGCGGUUGGUCAAGUUGCUGUCUCGGGGAGAAGGGAUCCGGACUCUCCUUUGGACUUUCAUCAAGUCCUUUCAGGCUCUUCCCUACGUGGCUCUGCUCAUUGUCAUGCUCUUCUUUAUCUACGCUGUCAUCGGCAUGCAGAUGUUUGGGAAGAUUGCACUGCGGGACCACACCCAGAUCAACCGGAACAACAACUUCCAGACCUUCCCUCAAGCAGUUCUGCUGCUAUUCAGGUGUGCCACUGGGGAGGCGUGGCAGGAAAUCAUGUUGGCAUGCUCGCCAAACCGCCCAUGUGAAAAAGGGUCCACCCACGAGAACAUCACCAUUCACGAGGACUGUGGGAGCCAGUUUGCCAUCAUUUACUUUGUCAGCUUCUACAUGCUGUGUGCCUUUCUGAUCAUCAACCUGUUUGUAGCCGUUAUCAUGGACAACUUUGACUAUCUGACCCGUGACUGGUCCAUUCUGGGACCUCAUCACCUGGAUGAGUUCAAGAGGAUCUGGGCUGAGUACGACCCAGAAGCAAAAGGAAGGAUCAAGCAUCUGGAUGUGGUUACUCUUCUCCGGAGAAUCCAGCCUCCACUUGGCUUUGGAAAACUGUGUCCCCAUAGAGUGGCUUGCAAGCGGCUGGUCUCCAUGAACAUGCCACUCAACAGUGAUGGGACUGUGAUGUUCAAUGCCACUCUGUUCGCCCUGGUAAGGACUGCACUGAGGAUCAAAACUGAAGGGAACCUAGAGCAGGCCAACGAGGAGCUUCGGGCGAUUGUGAAGAAGAUCUGGAAGAGAACCAGCAUGAAGCUGUUGGACCAGGUGGUGCCGCCCGCUGGUGACGACGAAGUCACUGUGGGGAAGUUCUAUGCGACGUUCCUAAUCCAGGAGUAUUUCCGCAAAUUCAAGAAGAGGAAAGAACAGGGGAUGGGAGCGAAAGUGCCACCCAAGACUGCUCUUUCCCUGCAGGCGGGCCUGCGGACGCUACACGACAUCGGUCCAGAGAUCAGAAGAGCCAUCUCAGGUGACCUGAAUGUGGAAGAGGACCUCGACAAAGAGCAGAAGGAGCCCACGUCAGCUGCUUCUGACGAUGACAUCUUCAGGAGGAGUGGGGGGUUGUUCGGGAACCACGUCAGUUACUACAACCAGAGUGACGGCCGAGCCUCCUUCCCUCAGUCCUUCACCACACAGCGUCCUCUCCACAUCAGCCAGAAGGGUUCGCCAUGUGAGAUUGACAGUCCAUCCAACGAAAAGUUGAUGGACUCCACCACCUUCACGCCGUCCUCUUACUCCUCCUCGGGCUCAAACGCCAACAUCAACAACGCUAACAACACCAGCACGACCGCCGUGACCAUGCCAGGCACCGGCCGCUUCCAUGGCCCGUCUGUCAGCACAGUGGACGGUCAAGCGGGUGGACCUCUGACCCCCGUCUUGUUGCCCAGAUCAUCCUGGUGUUUCCCACCAAAAAGCAGGACUGCCUUUUAUCACGGCUUCAUGCGCUCUGAGUCCAGCGACAGCCGACUGCCAAUCAUUCGCAGGGGAGAGGGUUCAACUGAGGAGACGUAUGAUGAGAGUUACGGGGAUGAGCGAGAGUACACGGAGGACGAUCACUCUCUCUCCUCUGACAUGCUGGUGUAUCAGGACGAGGCGUGUAAGCAGCUCACUUGUAUGGAGGAAGGAGAGCAGGUGCCAGAGAGACGAGGAGGAGGAGCAUGGCAGUCUCCAAGGAGAGUCUUCCUCUGCCCAACUGGCCUGGUACGCAGGUCCUCCUUCCACCUGGAGUGUUUGAGGAGGCAUUCACGAACAGAAGUCUGUCAGAAGACAGCAGUUCCACUUCACCUGGUUCACCAUCAGGCUCUGGCUGUGGCAGGACUCAGCCCUCUCCUCAGAAGGAGUCACUCCCCGACGCUCUUUAGCCGGUUGUGCUCAUCUCCUCCUGCCAGCCCCUCAGCAGAGGGCGGUGAGGAGGUGCUGCAGCGCGUUCCGUCACUGCGGUUUGAUUCCUUUGGUUCUCAUGAGAAGCUCAACAGCAGCCUUCCGUCUGUCAACUGUGGACCUUGGUACACAGACAGCAACGGAAACAGUGCCAGGCCAUGUCCCGCCACCAGCACCUCACUGCCCACUCAGAGAGCAGCAAGGCCGGUGUCCCUCACAGUGCCCUCGCUGCUUGGGAAAGACCCCAGUUCUUUGUCACACGGCAGUGCCGGAAGUCUUGUGGAGGCUGUCUUGAUAUCGGAGGGUCUGGGCCAAUUCGCUCAAGAUCCAUCGUUCAUUGAGGCCACGAAGGCUGAGCUGGCAGACGCCUGCGACAUGACCAUUGAGGAGAUGGAACACGCUGCCAACAAUAUCCUCAAUGGCAACACCUCCACGAAACCUGUCCCCCCCUCCUCGCAGCACAAGCCCGCCCUCCUCCACGCGUCAGCUACUGCUUUGAGGGACCGAGGCGCCAGCUUCAGUUCUGGCGAGGACGCAGAAGACUCCCUCCACGGACCCUCCUCAAUAGAGGAGCGGCAAGAGUUGCUUGGAGGAGCAACAGGACAGGAGGAGGAGGAGACAGGUGAGGGAGAGGGAGAAUCGGACCUGGUCACCGCUGUGAUUGAAGGAGCGCGGCGGCAGAGUUGUGGGCUGGUCGAGGAGGAAGAUAUGGAGUGCGUGACAAGUUUGUAGGAGCAGCUCUUAGAGUCAUGAUGGAUGCUGGCCACGCCCCCUCUCUCUCUCACGCACGCCUGUCUCUGAACUGUGACGAUUCAAGUGUUGGUGCGUAUGAGUUUGUACGGCCGAACGGUUGUAGUAACGUGUUACACAAUAUACUCUAUAUUUGUGUGCGUGUGGGUACACGGUGGGGGGUGUGGGUGCGUGCAUGUGCGUGUUCCGUCUCUAUUUGUACACACGUGUGUGCGUGUCUCUAAAGUGCCUCACAAUUUUAUCACAUCCUCAACGUGUGAAGAGAAGAAAGAGGAGGUUGUUAAUAGGAAGUUGGAAACAGAGUCAAGUUCGAAGUUCAGAACAUCUCUUCUUGGACUCUUACUGACACGAUCCUGACGGAUUCACUCAAGCUGCCAGCUGGGGGUGUCCCAGCCUGACUUCCUUCUCCUCACCUCUCCUCUUCCUGUCAUGGUAGAUCCCUAUUGGACACUGACGACACCCACUUUGUUAUCAUGCCAAACUUUACUUUUCUAUCAUCAUGUUUGGUCACACUAUUGGGUGCUGCUCCAACUCCUGAUCUCUGAUGACGCAGGGCCAUGUGUGUGAGUGUGUGAGCGUGUUAUCCGGCAACAGUCUUUUAUCAGAAUGCACCUUUUACAGAUUGUAUCUAUUUAUUUAUUUAUUUUCACGGGUGUGUGUGUGUGUGUGUGUUACAGCUUAAUUUAAGCCUAGGCUAAUUUAAGGUAGCAUAACGAAUGCGAGUGGCUUCACAGGGUUGCCGUGGUUACCCGGCAUGCUUCCAGAGCUUCUGUGGUUCUGUGACAUUGUUUCAUCUUUUUAGAUUUGUAUUUUUGUCACGAGGUUCACCUGUGUAGCUGAAAAGGUUUCUCUUAGGCGACAACGUGACUGGAGAGUUUGGGUACCGGUGCAGGAGGUGAUGAUCCCUGGUGUGAGGGAGGGGCAUCUGUGGUGGGGCCAGAAGGGGUAAGUGCGGACGUGGUGUCCGCAGGAUGUCCGUGGCAACGGUGCCAACCACUUUUAAGGUAGCAACUUUUGAUGACUCAGCUGUUUUCACCCUCUUCCUCGUCACAUAAUUGCCAGCGCCAAAUACUGAGUUGAGGAGACGCCGCGGCAAGAGCGGGUCGUUGGUGUGCGAGCGAACCUGGAUCAGACUUCUUAUGCAACAAGUUUGCUUCGUGAAUCGUCAACCGUUGUGUGUUUCGGUCACUUUUUUUGUUGAGUCACCAACAACCUCGUGCUCAUCGCCACUUCACGACUCAGUUUCAUUGCGGUCGUUGACUGAUGCUUUCAAAUGUUCCCCGCUUCCUCUUCGUUUGUGGGCUAGUAAUGGAGGUCACUCCGCCAACACAGAGCGCCUGUUGCCAUAGAGACAGGCGAACGUUUGUCCGGUGGCACCGCUGCAGGGUGUCGUGUGCAUGACGUGUCCACGAUUGUUUAUUUUUAUACGACAAAUAUUGAAAUAUUAGCAGAAAUAUUUAUGACUAUUUAAUCCAGAGAAUGUAGAACGUUCCCCAGUCAGAAUGUGAGGAGGAGUCGGUUCCCUGCUGAUGACAACGAUGGCAAUUUGUCUCCAUGGCAGUACGCCACCAUCUUGUUGCUUUUGUGAUGAGUUAGCAAAGAAACCAAAGAAGGAAGCCAAAGGAUUCUGAGGGGACGCGUCAUAGUGGGCACGUCCCCACACCUGAAGGUAAACAGUAUGCUGUUAACUGUUGGAACCUGUGGUCACCUGGUACGUCAGCCGACUAAACCACAACACGUCUGUCGGCAAAUGAAUCCUCGUCGAACGCCUUUCUUCAAAAAUCGUUUAUUUCCGUCGAAACUAGCGAAACAAAAUGUGUGAAGGCGUUCUUUCCGAGGUCCUGACGUGCUGCCAGCAGGAGGUGCUGUCAUCACAGAAACGUGUCCUGUCUGGUGACGUCAUCGUGAUGUCAUCCGAAGGGAACGGGACUGCCAUGGAUCUUUACUGUUCUCACCUGGAAAUGUACAGAUGAUAUUUUGCAGCUCGGGUUUUCGGGCGGAGAAUUUAUUUAUGAUGCAACUUUGAUUGGAGCUCGACGCCGUGAUGUCACCGCUGAUAAGUUUCCUUUUUUUUUCCUUUAGAGAUCGUCACUUUUAAGCCUCAACGUGAGCAGUUUUAACAAUGUAUUACGAUCCAGUGUAGCAGCAUCGGAAGGUUCCUCGUAUGCCAAGCCUUGCGGGGACUGUUGACUGGCAGGUGUAGCAGCAGGUGUGACCUGGGCAUUGGGAUGGCUUCUGCUGGCGAUGAUUUCUUUUCUUUCUUGGAGACUUUUUUUAGGAACUUUUGUCUGAAGAGUAUUUUACCACAAACAUGGAGUGAAUGUUUCUAACGAUGAUUGUGUCGUCCUCACGGGACGGCGCCCGGCCAACACAGCAGCCUGAUUGGUUACUGAGUUGGCUUCACACUCUCCUCUUCUUGAUCUUUUUCUAACCUUUUGUUUUAGACUUUAGAGAACGAUAAAUCUGAAUAAAUGACUUUUGUACUAUUUUUCAAGAAAAGCUGGAAAAGCAGAAACACGUCUGAUGUACAUACGACUGUACAGUUUGUCUGUCGCCGUGACAGAGUCUGUCUUGCUUCAGUCGCACGCUCACUUCCAGGAAAAGUAUAUUUAGACUGUCGGUCCAACUUUUCAAUAUCCUGUAACCUGAGACAUCGUUUUUAUCCCCAUGAUGUUAUUAAAAAAGUCUCAAUGAAUCUGGUCAGCGGUCCUU